AUGAAGGCACUUUUAGCCAGCGUCGGAAGUGAUUCGGAAACCGAGUCACCUCUCAUCUCCACAAAAUUUACGCGACUCUCGCCGUCCGGACCCGUGAAUGAUAGCUCAGAGAGCGAGGACGAAAUUGUGCGACCGCGUGGCCGGUUCGCAGCACAGAUGUUAGCAUCCGUUGGCACAGAAGACCCUUCUCACACAAAGCUCACGGCUUCUAGCACCACUCACGCGGAUAGCGCGAGAGAGCGCGUUCGGAGGCUGCUUCGCCUCGGCGGCUCUACCGAGGACAAGGAUACACAGGAUGGCGCGACAGACGAUGACCUACCAGCUCCCCGAAGGAGACUUCAACCUGCCGUCGAGAGGGCAUCCACCCCCGAAGCCACCGAGUCCGCAACAACCCCUGCUUCCAGUCCUGGCCUCUUCGUAUCACCAGGCCAAAAGUCCGCCCGCGACGAAGAUGAGGGGGUGUCCUCUGGGAACGAAUCCAACGGCGAUACGAUGGGGAAGCUUCGCAAGAACGCCCGGUUCCAGGCGCUUGUUGACCGCAAGAGGAAGGAGCGCGAGGCUCGUGAAGCUGAGGAGGAAGCGAAGAAGGCUGCCCGUCUCGCGCGCCAAGAAGAACAACUUGCCGACAACACACUUGAGCUCUUCUCUGACUCCGAAGGUGGCAAUACCUCGAGCAUCACGGACGACGAGGGCGGGCGUCAGCUUAGCCAGAAGACGACGCGGCCGAGCCGCAAAGCCAGCAAGAAAGCCGUUGAGGAGAUGAACCGCGAGACACAGCGGAUGGCGAGAAGCAUGCAGCUAGCACACCAGGCCAAGACCAAGAAGAAGGUGACCAAGGCGACGCUGUUCGAAAAGUUUGGCUUCAAGCUAGCUGGCCAGACUCCUGCCGCGGCCCUCGCCGAGGAAGUGCAGCUACCCAAGACAACCAGCUCCAGUCGGCCGACCACGCCGGUCUCCGAUACUGAGAUGAGGGAUGCUGAGACGCCGCCUAGCUCGCCGCCAACGGCUGGAAAAGCCACCGAGGCCUCUGUUGAGACUGAGGUUGGCGGUGCGAAGGUGCAGACCCUCGAGCUGCCACUCGCUACCACCUCCCCAGGCAAGGCCAUCGAGGCCGCCACAGCGAAUGAGCCCAGCGAAGCUCGCCAGAAGCGCCGUGUGCGUGUGAAGCUUCCACCCCCAUCAAUCAACGUCUUGGCCAUCGACUCAGACGACGAUCUCAGCAUAACGGUGACUAGGAAGAACAAGCUGGAUGCCAUCUUUGACCGUGUCCCUAAGAACCAGGCCGAUGAAUCCAAGCCUAUGCAGGCAUUCCGCGCCCUUGCCCAGGUUACCUCUCCUGGCAAGGCUGCCAACCGCAGCCGCAGGGGUGAGAAGCUGGGCAUGACCCCUGCUGAACUCCAGGUCAUGCUCCGCGACCGUGUACGUGAGCAAGCCAAUGAAGAGAAGAAGCGCCGCAUAGAGAUGCUCAAGGCCAAGGGUGUCGUGGUCCAGACGGCAGAAGAACGCCUGAAGGAGAUUGAAGAAGUGGAGGAUCUUGUUGCGCGGGCUCGCGAGGAGGCCCAAGAGAUCAUGCAGAGGGAGAGAGAGGAAGCAAAGAAGGAGCGCCAAGAAAGGAAGGAGAACGGAGAGGCCGACGUGCUCGACUGGGACGAUAGCGAGGACGAUGGAGAUUACGAGGAGGGUGCGGACGAGCCGGGUGAUGAGAAUGAGCAGCCUGACGUGUUGGAGCUCGACCUUUCGGGCUCCGAUGAGGAUGGCGAUGAUGAGGCUGAUGACGAGGAUGAGACCGCCCCCAACCCCUCUUCGAGAACGAGGCGAGCGAAGACGAAGACAAAGAGAGUAUUGUCUGAUGAUGAGGAGGACAUUCCCACCGUUGAGGCCACCCCUAAGCCCAAGGCGAACUUUUUCAAGUCACCUGUCCCUCCUUCUACCACGUCGCCGGCAGCCCCUCUGUCCGUUCUCCGAUCAGCAACAAAGCCUUUCAUUCCCGGCCUGCCUAUUGCCCUCGCGGGGCCAGCCGGCCUUGGCUGCUCCCCCAGCCAGUCUCAGACUCCCCGACCCACCUUCGAUCCCUUUGCCCAACGAAGCCUUGUUCCUAGCACGCAGGACAUGAACGACAACGAAGAUGACGAUGUAGUGAUGGACAGCCAGCCGCUUCAGACGACGCAAGGAGGUAUGGAUCUACACUACUCGCAGACGCAGCUGCGAAACCUCGAUAGCCUUAUCCGCGAGGAUUCCCAGCUUUCCGACAUGAUGCCAUUUAGCCAAGAUGGCGGCUUGGCUGAUCGAACACCUCUCAAGGAGCGCUUCAUUGACGCUCCUGAGUCGACCGUGGCCGCAUCGACAUUCGAUGGCACGCCGGGCCGCGAUGUUGUUCAUGAGUCGCCGCUCGUGCGAAGAGGCCGUUUGCGGCGCAAGCUUGACAUCGUGUCGUCUACCGCCAACGAAGACGAGCAAGUCUCGCUCGCGGCUGUCGAUGAAGCUCGGGAGGGUAGCCCUAGCCCAAACCCUAGCCCCGAAAAGGACGAGUUUGGCUUCAACACUACCGCGUUUGGCGUCAUGCAAAAAGCGGCCCGCGAUGAGGAACGCCGCAAGCGACGGGAAGAGAAGCUGAAGGAGUUCAACCGAAAGAAGAGCAAGGCGGUGGAGAUGAUUGAGGAGCAGGCUCAAGAAUCGGAGGACGAGUAUGCGGGUCUCGGCGGUGCGGAUGAGGGCGACGACAGUGACGAGGACCUCGGCUCCGUCAAGGACCUCAUCGACGAUGAAAAGAGUGCCACGAAUGCCGACGACGAGCGCCAGCUUGCUGCCUUUUAUGCUGACCGAGAACGUGCCGAUGCUGAGAAGCAAGUCGAAAAGCUUUUCAAGGACAUCACCACCGGCAUGCUACGUCGCAAGCGGGCCACUGACUACGACCUAUCUGACUCGGACGAUGGUGGCGAAGCCCGCAAGCGCAUGAAGCGCCUGCAGUUCGCCAAGAUGCAAAAGGCCCUCUUUGCUGACGAGCGCGUCAAGAAGAUCGCCGAGAACCCAGGCAACAUGGCGUUCUUGAAGACGCUCGAGGAUCGCGAGAGCGAUGACGAGAUGAACUUUAUCAACAUUGUGGAGGAGGAGGAGACUGAGGAGACCGAAGACUCGCACCCAAGAAAGAAGGGCGCCUCCACCACGGCCACUCGGGCGUCUGGAAACCCGCGCCGAACGAGGGAUGGGAAGAGGCCGUCCAAGAUUGGCGAGAUUCGCGAGUCAUUGUCGAGCCUACUCGAGGAAACCAUGGGCUCUACCGUACCUUCAACAAACUUUGGUUCGGAUAGCGAGAGUGAUGAGGAGCGGCCCUCGACAUCGCGCAGCAACAAGGAGAACAUUAGCCCGCCGCGCGCCUCCGUCCUGAACCGAAACGGCGGCGUCGUUCGUGACCGCCUCGCAUUCAAGCGCGGCGAUUCGUCUUCUUCGACGUCAUCCCACGGCCGCCGCGCGUUCUCGCGCACGGCCUCGCAAGUCGGUGGACGCAAGCCGCCGACCCUCUUGCGACGUGCGACAUCCAACUCAUUCAUCUCCAAUGCAAACGGUUCUGGCUCGUCGACAUCCACCUCGGGCGCGAGCACUCCGAGCAUCGGCAGCGGCAGUAACGUGUUUGGCGGAGACAAGAUUCGCAAGGGCGCGGCCAAGGGCUCAAGCAUCAGCUUCGAGAGAGGAAAGCAGGCGAGGCCGUCGGCGGCGGAGGAUUUGGCGCAGAGGAGGACGGAGAGGAAGCUCAAGGGGGCCGAAGACCGGCUCAGGGCUGCGAGAAGCUUGUUGGGCAGUGGCAAGUUUGAGUAA